UAUUAAGCUAUCCUCUGUCUAUAUGUAUGUAUCAGUAUGUAUCUUGUAUUGAAGUGUAGAAAGUGUAGAAAACAGCUGAACGAACAGGACAUUCAGGACGCAUCACAUAAAAUAAUUUGAAUAAUUCACUUUGCCGUGAAUAAUUCUUCUGAUCUAAUUAUCUCAGUUUAUGUUAUAAUUUAUAACUUGUUACGAAUUGAGUUUUUGGUUAACGUCAUUAUUAUUGUAUAAUUUAGAACUUCAAAUGGAUAACUCGGUGUUGGAUAUAAUCCUUUAAAAAUACAUAUAUGUUAUUGACAUAAGAAUUCAAUGUUUUCAUUAAGAAAUGGCUAGUGUGGAAAAUAAUUCUAACAUGAGUGGAAAUAACACAGAGAUAGAGAAGCAGCUCAAAGAGAGAGCUGAAAGAAAUCGUCAGAGAGCACUCUUGUUAAAAAAAUCUAAGGUUGUAACUCAUCCAUAUGCAAGAGAAAAUAAUGGUUCUACAAAAGAGAGAAUGUUAAAAGUUCAAGGGCAACGUGUUAUCGAUAGCGGAGGAGGCUUCUUAAUAGAAGAAAAUGAUGAAUUAGAGCAGCAAAUGUUGAAGAUUAGGACCGAGCCAGCACCAGAUAUCGGUAAAUUUAAUGAAUGUGAGGAAUGUCAACAGAAAUUUAGAGACUCGUAUCUUUUACAAACAUUUGAUCUGACCGUUUGUGAUAAAUGCAGAGAUAAAGAAGGAAAACACUCCUUAAUUACUAAAACUGAAGCUAAACAAGAAUACCUGUUGAAGGAUUGCGAUCUCGAUCGACGAGAACCGGUGCUUAAGUAUAUUGUACGAAAAAAUCCUCACAAUGUGAAUUGGGGUGAGAUGAAGUUAUAUCUGCAUCUCCAGAUAGAACAGAGGGCUUUGGAAGUUUGGGGUUCGGAAGAAAACCUGUUGAAGGAAAAAGAAGCACGCGAAACAAAACGAGAGGGAGCUAAAAUAAAGAAAUUCAAUAAAAAGAUCAAACAGCUGCGAAUGCAAGUGAGAAGUUCAUUGUAUGAUAAAACGACUAAAGCGUCGCAUGUUCACGAGUUUGGAGAAGACACAUACAAUGAAGAAGAUGAUACGUAUACACAUACUUGCACAACGUGCGGUUAUGAAGAAAUCUAUGAAAAAAUGUGAAAAAAUGCCCGACUAUUAUUCGCAAAACUAUGAAUCAAUGUGUAUUUGAUAUUACUUUACAUGAAAAAGAAUACAGUUUUCCCUUGAAUCUUUGAAA